UAUGUUACAGACGAAACGUGGAUUACAAUCGAAGAGGCGCUUUUGAAAGUGAAAAAUGUUGAACAACUACUACGAUCAGAAAAAGCUAGUGACAGUGUAGACAUCUUUUUGUGCCGCUAUUGUAGUCAGAAGUUUGGACAAAAAUUUAAGAGAACAGUUCAUGAAAAAACCUGCAGUCGUAAUGGAAGAAUCAAAAAGGACAUGUUACAGUCUCAAUUUUAUUGCGACCAAUGUGGCAGUCAAUUUAAACAGGAAAGAAGUUUAAAGAGACACAUGCUUCAUGAUUGUGGCAAAACGCACCAGUGCAAAAAGUGUGGCAAAAUUUUUGGAACACUACGUACCUUGAAUUUGCAUGUUCGGAAGUGUCGUACUGCAAAGGACAAGAAUGGUUGAUAAUGCCAAAUGUAAUUCAUAAAUGUAAAUUCUUAUUUCAAUGAAAAUUUGUUUUCUAUUUACCAAUUAUUUUUGUUUUUCAGUUAUCUAUUGUUUUACAGUUAUCAAUUGGUUUGGUUGUCAUUACCAAAAUUAUGAUUCGACAUUAAUUUGUAUCUUCAUUUUUGUGUGUUACAGAUGGCAGAACAUUGUUGCCACUGUGACAGCAUUACCAGCAAUUUUAAUAAAAAAAAUUUGAUACAAACAAAAAUUCCUGAUAGUU